UGUGCAGCGUACAGAACUGCAAUAAUGUUGUGGAAAGUGUGUAUUAUCGCGACAAAAAAACAUCACUCAAAAAAGGAACAUCCAGGUUUUUUCUGUUGUUAGCUAAUUUUGAUGUUUUAUGAGAUCCUGUAUGUGGAAGUUCAUAAUCAGAGCUUAAUCAUUCAAGUCUAAAAGAAUGAAUAGAUCACUGGCGCCGAGUCAGUGUGGAAAACGUCCGCUCCUUCUGAAUAUCGAGAAUAUCAACAUUUCUGCAAUAACAAAAUACAAGAGAGAAGAAUCGCGCAGCGUUGACGAGAAUGUUGCCCCUAGGGAGAAAAGAAUUCGUCUUGCGGGAAAAGCGAAGCCACUGCUAAUUCCAGAGAAAAAGGCGAUUAAACUGAGCGAUAAAGAUUUGUCAGCAACUCAGGAUAUUAUUACCGAUCAUGAGCGAAGAAUUCAGGAUCUACUGAAGAAACCUUUCAAAAUCCCGAUCCCAGGAUAUGAAUUAUCAGGGAGAUCACUUGGCUCACGUCUCUCUGGCCCAAGAAGGCCUUUACAUGAUCCUUAUGCUGCAAAUGCAUUGGUGGUUUAUGAACCUCCUGAUUUAUCAGAACACGAACGUCUUAAAAUUGAUGAGAGCCAGAUGCUAGUUCAUGUUGUUGUGGAUCCUCAGUUGUGUAAUAUUUUACGGCCACAUCAGAGGGAGGGCGUGAAAUUUAUGUACGAGUGUGUAACAGGAAAGAGAAUUGAUAAUGCCUUUGGGUGUAUUAUGGCAGAUGAAAUGGGUCUUGGAAAGACUCUUCAAUGCAUCACAUUACUCUGGACUUUACUUAAACAAGGCCCGGAAGCAAAAGGUUUAAUUGAAAAAGCCAUCAUCGUGGCUCCAAGUUCUCUAGUCAAAAAUUGGUACAAUGAAAUAUUUAAAUGGUUAGGAAGUCGUGUGAAGCCGUUAGCAAUUGAUGGCGGUAGUAAGGCUGAGAUUGACUUCAAAUUAACUGGAUUUAUGAAAACCUUUGGACGUCGCUGUGUCAAUCCUAUAUUAAUUAUCAGUUAUGAAACAUUUCGACUCCACGCAUCCGUAUUACACAAAGAUGAGGUAGGCCUUGUGCUUUGUGAUGAGGGCCACAGGCUUAAAAAUUCCGAAAAUCAGACUUAUCAGUCUUUGAUGGGGUUGAAAACAAAAAGAAGAGUUUUGCUCAGCGGCACACCUAUUCAGAAUGAUCUUUUGGAGUAUUUUUCACUCGUCCAUUUUGUCAAUCCAGGAUUGCUUGGAACUGCUCAGGAAUUUCGCAGAAAAUUUGAGAAUCCAAUACUCCGAGGCCAGGAUGCAGCAGCAUCUGACAGUGAACGUACUCGAGCCCAAAAUUGUCUAGAAGAGUUAGUAACAGUAGUUAACAAAUGCCUAAUUCGUCGGACAAGUGCCCUCCUCUCGAAGUAUCUUCCCAUCAAGUAUGAGCUUGUGGUCUGUGUCAAGAUGACGCAACUCCAGAACUCUCUCUACAAAAAUUUCAUUCAGAGCGAGGCUAUUCGAAAAUCUAUGUCAAAUCAUGAGAGCGAAAAGAAGAAAGGUGGUACACUGUCAGCACUGUCAGCCAUUACCCUCCUAAAAAAACUCUGUAAUCAUCCAGAUCUUGUCUACGAGAAGAUUCAACAGAAUUCGGAAGGGUUUGAGGGUGCUUCCAAACUUCUACCCAAAAACUACAGCACAAAAGAGGUCCUCCCAGAGUUGUCAGGAAAACUGAUGGUUUUGGAUACUCUUCUAGCCUCCAUCAAAUCCACAACAACGGAUAAAAUUGUUCUAGUCUCCAACUACACUCAGACCCUCGACCUGUUUGAAAAACUCUGUGCAAAGAGAGCUUAUCGUUAUGUACGUUUAGAUGGCACAAUGUCGAUAAAAAAAAGGGCUAAAGUAGUAGAAAAUUUUAACAAGCCAGAUUCGGGCGAUUUUAUCUUCAUGCUGUCUUCAAAAGCUGGUGGUUGUGGGCUGAAUUUGAUUGGGGCGAAUCGGUUAGUAAUGUUUGAUCCAGAUUGGAAUCCUGCUAAUGAUGAUCAGGCAAUGGCCAGGGUCUGGAGAGAUGGACAAAAGAAACCUUGCUUUGUUUAUCGUUUCCUUUGCACUGGAACGAUUGAAGAAAAGAUUUUUCAGCGUCAGGCACACAAGAAGGCACUGAGUUCUACUGUCGUGGAUCAGGAGGACGAUGUCUGCAGACACUUCACGUUAACCGAUCUUAGAGAUUUGUUCAAGUUGGAGGAAAAUACAAUGUCGGAUACACAUUCGAAAUUUAAGUGCAAAAGAUGUGUCAAUGGCAUGGAGAUUAGAGGACCGCCAGAAAAUUCUGACUGCAACUCUGAUCUUUCGGAUUGGAGGCAUGCCCAUAUGCCUAGGCAUUUACCAGAUAUUCCUCUCAGGCAUUGUUGGAGCAGCGGCAUUUCAUUUGUCUUUCAUCAUCGUUCUGCUGAAACUGUCAAGGAGCAGCUUGGACAGGCAGAGAGAACGGCAGAAUUCGAAUCAACAUUCAUCGAAAAAAAUGACUGAAUUUUUUUCGCUUUCGAAACUAUUUUCUACUCAUCCCCAUUUAGUCGUUCUCUUUCUCUUUGUCUGUACAAAUUGUUGUAAGGUGUUGCCGAAUUCUCGUUCAAAUUUCUUGCAAUAUUGUGCGAAUAAUUUGAUAAUCAAAAUAUUAAUUGAGAUGGUGAAAUAUGAUAUGUAUCGUAUUUUUCAUGACGCACGUCAACCCUCUGAUAGAUAAAAAAUAAAAUCUCAUAUGUUUUGCAGGAUUUGAAGUUACGGAAAAUUAAUUAAACUUCAGUUCUAUAAUGAAUUCAAGUGAUUAAAUAUGGCAGUGGACAUUGUAUAUAUAAUAUAGGUCGUAAAUAAAUUUCUGGCAAUUAAUUACAUUUAACUGCAUUCGCCCAUCUUCGUCCUUAGUUAUCCAUUAUAAGCUUCUCCACGGAAUGAAAAAAAAUGUGGUAUUAGCCAUCCGGUAUCAAAAUCUAUCUGAUGAUCAGAUAGAAUUUAAUAGUCUAUUUCUUGAGAUAGAAAAGUUUUCUUCUCUUCAAGAAAUAAUAUAGUUUGUGUUCCGUUAAGGAGACUGGUAAUUCUCCCAUAUUAAAUUCUUAUCGACUUUCAUUUGAGGUAUCAUUGGUACUGAAUUACUUUCAUAUUCUCAAUUAACUAUAGAAAAAGGUAAUAGAACCAUCGAUAUCAAAAAAGCUGAAAAGUAUUGGAAGUUUCGUUGACCUUUUUCUAAAAAUUUGCAAUGUUUCUACGAGAUUUUUGAUAAUUAGGAGAAAAAUGUUUGUCCUAAUCUUUGAGAACCUUUACAAUAAUUUAACUCCAUCAACUUGCUUCGUAAUUUGGCAACAAGGAACAACUAAUUAAUUUUUUACAAUGAUUCUCUACAGCAUGUUCCGUUUAGUAUUAUUGAAAAUUGAUCUUUAGAAUUAUGAAAAAGGUAGAUUCGCUGUUUGCUAUUUGUUAUUCUACUUGCCAUUCGCUCUCUAUUCGUUGAUUAUCAAAUAAAUAAUUAUUGAUGACGUUCUCCUUUCUCAUCAUAACGUUGAUAUGACCUGAUAUAUAUAUUGUGC